AUGGCACAAGCUUGUGAUAUCUGUGCAGCCUUCGGAAAGGAGAUGAGAGAACACCGCUGCAUCCCUGGGAAACGCCAGCAAAAGGCAAAGCAAAGAGGUCUGGCAAAGAUUACAUAUGGAUUUGGCGGAGACCACCGACGGCAGGAGAUGGUUGGGAUAGUGGAUGCAAAGUCAAAAUGGCCCGAAGUGGUGCAAAUGGGAUUAACCACUGUAGAAAAAACGAUAGAAAAGUUGAAGGAUAUCUUUAGUCUCCAUGAUCUACCAGAGCAAAUAGUGGUCGAUAAUGGGCCACAGUUCAUAGCGAAGGAGUUUAAGGAAUACUGUAGAAGAAGGAGUAUUGAGUUGAUUUUCAUCCACCUUACCAUCACAAUUCUAAUGGGGAGGACGGAAAGAUUUGUGCAGACUUUCAAAAAGGGUUACUAUAAAGGGCGGAAGGCCGGUAAGACGUUAGCGGCAACCGGUAACGGAGCACCCGGCGACAGGGACCUCCCCGGCCAAAAUGUUAAUGAGACGUUCGUUGAGAACGACGUUGGAUUUGAUGAAGGCCUCGUAACUCGGUAUUGA